UCGAGGGCGGGGUCUGCACAUUGACAUCCGGGAGUCUGGUUGCCUGUGGCUGUUUUGUUUUCUUGCAGAACUGCAGUAAAGAGAGGCCACCGAACGCGCGGCGACUCCCGGCUCCAGACUUGGAUUGACCUGAAAAGAUGUCUGGGUUUCUAGAAGGCACCAGGUGUUCGGAAUGCAUGGACUGGGGGGAGAAGCGGAACACCAUUGCCUCAGUCGCUGCUGGCAUUCUCUUCUUCACAGGAUGGUGGAUCAUCAUAGACGCUGCUGUUAUGUAUCCCAAGAUGGAUGAUUUCAACCACUCAUACCAUGCUUGUGGCGUCAUAGCAACCAUAGCCUUCCUCAUGAUUAACGCAGUAUCGAAUGGACAAGUGAGAGGUGACAGCUACAGCGAAGGCUGCCUGGGCCAGACAGGUGCUCGCAUCUGGCUCUUCAUAGGUUUCAUGCUGGCCUUCGGUUCCCUGAUUGCGUCCAUGUGGAUUCUCUUUGGAGGUUAUGUUGCCAAGGAAAAGUCCGUAGUAUAUCCUGGAAUUGCUGUAUUUUUCCAGAAUGCCUUCAUUUUUUUUGGAGGGCUGGUUUUUAAGUUCGGGCGCACGGAGGACUUGUGGCAGUGAAGACACCUGCCUCUGCAGCACGGCCACCCUGCCUGGGAUUGUUUUCUCCUCACCGCUCAGUCUUUUGUAACGCUGUUUUCUAAACUUAUUUCUGAGUACAAUCUCAGCUUAAAAUUGUAUAAUGCUAGAAUCAUGAGAGCUCGUAUGUACUAUGCAGCAGUCUGGUGUGCCGGGACCCGGUCCGCUUUUGCAAUGGGAAAGGAAACUAUUGACGUGAGUAACUUUGUCAGCUUCUAUCAUGGUCUAAAGAGCCAAUUAUGGAGAAGUGGUAGAGUCCUUGGGGUGAGGAUUCGCUCUGGGAUCCAAAGUGUCUGUUUACUGAGCACGCCCUCUUCUGUGUCCGAUGUGGAAUAAUGUAUAAACGUUUUCUUGUUAUUAAAAACUA